AUGUCCGCAGCUCAGCAACGCCACGGAAAGAAAAACAUUCUCGCCGAGCACGAUGACGAUGUCGUCAUCGUCUCUGCUCUGCGAACACCCAUCACCAAGGCCAAAAAGGGCGGUCUCUCGCAGUGCGCUCCCGAAGAGAUGCUCGGCUGGACGCUCAAGGGUGUGCUUGCCGAGUCCAAGAUCGACCCCAAGCUCAUCGAGGACGUCGCUGUCGGCACCGUCCUUGCUCCUGGCGGUGGCUCCACCCAGGCCCGCAUGGGCGCACUCUGGGCUGGCAUCCCUAACACGGCCGGCUGCAACAGCUUGAACCGUCAGUGCUCGUCCGGUCUUGCGGCCGUCAACCAGAUCGCAAACCAGAUCGCUCUCGGCCAGAUCGAUAUUGGCAUCGGCGCUGGUGUCGAGUCCAUGACGCUCAACUAUGGUGCCGGAGUCAUGCCCGCCAAGAUGUCGGACGCGGUCAUGGAGAACGAGGAGGCGGCCGACUGCCUCAUGCCUAUGGGUAUCACCUCGGAGAACGUGGCGAAAAAGUACAACAUCGACCGAACCAAGCAGGACACGUUUGCUGCCGAGUCGUUCGCCCGCGCUGCGGCUGCUCAGAAGGCCGGCAAGUUCAAGAGCGAGAUCGUCACGGUCAAGUACGUCGACGACGACGGCAACGAGCGCACCGUCGACGCUGACGACGGAAUUCGCGAGGGUGUCACGGUCGAGUCGCUCGCUAAGCUCAAGCCUGCUUUCGCCAAGGACGGUUGCACUCACGCCGGUAACGCAUCGCAGGUCAGCGACGGUGCGGCCUCGGUGCUGCUCGCCCGCCGCAGUGCUGCCAAGAAGCACGGUCUGCCUAUCCUGGGCAAGUUUGUCACUUGCGCAGUGGUCGGCGUUCCCCCCAACAUUAUGGGUGUCGGUCCCGCCUACGCCAUCCCGCGCCUCUUUGAGCUCACAGGCCUCACCAAGGACGACAUUGACAUCUUUGAGAUCAACGAGGCCUUCGCCUCGCAGGCGCUCUUCUCGGUCGAGCAUAUCGGCAUCGACAAGAAGAAGGUCAACCCGGUCGGCGGUGCCAUCGCCAUGGGCCACCCGCUUGGUGCCACGGGUGCGCGCCAGAUCGCCACAGGUCUCGCUGAGGCCAAGCGACAGGGCGGCAAGAAGCUCAUCGUCACGUCGAUGUGCGUCGGUACGGGCAUGGGCUGUGCCUCGCUCAUCGUUUCCGCUUGA